CACUUCUUCUUUUUUAUUGAUUUAUUUUCCUAAGGCAUUACAUCCCUUUUGAGGUAAAUUUAUAUACAAUAAAAUGUACAAACCAUAACUGUUCUAUUCCAUGAGUUCUGACAGUUACAGACAUUUCCCUGACCUAAACCUUUUAAAUCGGUACAGGACAACUGCCCACCUCGGCCAACCCACCUUCAACUGCUAGCCAAAUAUUUGGACUUUUAUCACUACUGGAUUAACUAGUAUCUGAAAGCUACUGUGUGGGCUGCCAGACUUCUAUACCGUUUCAUCAUCACAAACGUUUCUCUCAGGAACACAGGGAUAUAGUAGCUCCAUUUUGCAGGCUAAAACGUCAGAGCAGGUUAGGUAAGGUGCCUCGAGUCAUCGGCUACUGACCAGUUAGCCAGGGCGCUGUGUUAGAAAUUUAGGUCGUUAAUCCCGGCCUACACUACACUGAGGAACCUGGAGAGUGUGCAAACGUGUGCCUAAGUCACAUUAUAGCUUCGAAUUCAAUGGGUGGGGAUCAGUGCCAUUUACGAGUUCCAAAGAGUCCGGAAUCUUCCUGUAGGCAGCGUGCACACGCCAUCUUAUGCAAUGGCUCGGUCUCUACUCCCAAGAGGAUGGCAGGAGGGGGCUGGCCAGAGGCCUUCAGUCUACAGAGAUGGCUCAGCAAAGGUCGCCUCCUUAGAAGCAGCGCUCUGCCGCUGCACACGUCCCGCCCGGAUGCGGCAGGUGCUGCACGCCCCACCUAGGGUCUUGGGUUCCUUCCUCAUCGUGUCCGGUGAGGGCUCCGAGCUCGCCACACUCGUCCCUGCGCAUCCUUCCUCACAGCCCCGCUUCCCAGCGCUGACUCAGCCCCACGCCCUCUCCGCAGCGCUGCCGCAGCUGCCAUGGCAACCGUGCGCCACCGCCUCUCCGCGCCAGCCACGAACUAACGGACUCCGGGCGGCGGCUAGCGGCGCCCCGCCUCGUCCCUCCCCGCUCCUUGACAGCCCUGACCUGCAAGAUCUAAGUGGUGAGCCCGAGGGGCCGGGCGUGACUGGGAGAGCCGGGUUGCGGAGCCCCGGAGGGGAGCCUCUCUCCGCAAUCCCUCGGCCACCAACACCAGGCCGCUCCCGGGUAGAAGCCGGAGCGUCCAGCGGACAGUAGCACCAGUCGCAGGGUAUCAUGGGCCUUGUAGUUCGGUGGCUCUUCAGGCUCACCGCCUUAUUUGGAUGAUUCGGGCCGAGAACUACAAAGCCCAGGGGUCCGGAGCGCGGCGACAGACUGAUUAAUUGGGAGCUGCUCAAAUGGUGUUAAAGUGGCUCUUUGUCUGCAGGGAGUUCCGGGGUAGUCGCUGAAUUGGGCGGUGUGCAUCGGGCGGGGAUAGCGCAGGUGAGCCUCAGUGCUGCGCUCCGGCCCCCGCAGCCGCCGCACUCGCGGCCCCGCCCCAUCGCCACCGCGCGGGGCCUGGGCUUCUUAGGGUGCUGCCUCUCGGUGCAGAACCGUAUGUAUGGCGCAAGGUCGAUGCGAGACCCGACAAAGCAGACCCGACAAAGUCGUCAUUAAAAAGGCCUUUGCCUCCCCCCCCACCGUGAAUUUCUAGGUGUCUGAAAGAAGAUGAAUUUGGCCGAGAUUUGUGAGAAUGCGAAGAAAGGCCGGGAAUAUGCACUUCUGGGGAAUUAUGACUCGUCAAUGGUGUAUUACCAGGGAGUAAUACAGCAGAUCCAGAGACACUGCCAGUCACUGAGAGACCCGGCCACCAAAGCGAAGUGGCAGCAGGUUCGGCAGGAGCUCUUGGAAGAAUAUGAACAAGUUAAGAGUAUCGUCAGCACGUUAGAAAGCUUUAAGAUGGACAAGCCCCCUGACUUCCCUGUGUCUUGUCGAGACGAACCGUUUAGAGAUCCGGCAGUAUGGCCACCCCCGGUCCCUGCAGAACACAGAGCACCACCUCAAAUCAGGCGUCCCAACCGAGAAGUGAGGCCUCUGCGGAAAGACAUGGGGGCAGGAGCCCGGGGCCUCGUGGGCCGAGCACACCAGAUAUCGAAGAGUGAUAAAGCUGCAAGUCGGGACAAGGACUAUAGAGCAAGAGGGAGAGAUGACAAGGCAAGGAAAAAUAUGCAAGAUGGCGCAAGUGAUGGUGAGAUCCCCAAGUUCGAUGGCGCUGGGUAUGACAAGGAUCUGGUGGAGGCUCUGGAGAGGGACAUUGUGUCCAGGAACCCUAGCAUUCACUGGGAUGAUAUAGCAGAUCUGGAGGAAGCUAAGAAGUUGCUCCGGGAAGCUGUUGUCCUUCCCAUGUGGAUGCCUGACUUUUUCAAAGGGAUUAGAAGGCCAUGGAAGGGUGUGCUGAUGGUCGGCCCUCCAGGGACUGGUAAGACUAUGCUGGCUAAAGCUGUUGCCACCGAAUGUGGGACAACCUUUUUCAACGUCUCCUCUUCCACCCUGACGUCUAAGUACCGAGGCGAGUCUGAGAAGUUGGUCCGUCUGUUGUUUGAAAUGGCGAGGUUCUAUGCCCCUACCACGAUCUUCAUCGACGAAAUAGACUCCAUCUGCAGUCGAAGAGGGACCUCCGAUGAGCAUGAGGCCAGCCGCAGAGUGAAGUCCGAGCUCCUCAUCCAGAUGGACGGAGUUGGAGGAGCCUUAGAAAACGAUGAUCCAUCCAAAAUGGUGAUGGUCCUGGCGGCUACGAACUUCCCGUGGGACAUCGAUGAGGCUCUGCGCAGGAGACUGGAGAAGAGGAUCUACAUCCCUCUCCCCACAGCAAAAGGAAGGGCGGAGCUCCUGAAGAUCAGCCUCCGGGAGGUGGAGCUGGACCCCGACAUCCACCUGGAGGACAUCGCUGAGAAGACGGAGGGCUACUCGGGCGCUGACAUAACUAACAUCUGCAGAGAUGCUUCUCUGAUGGCCAUGAGGCGGCGCAUCAACGGCCUGAGUCCAGAAGAGAUCAGGGCCCUGUCCAAGGAGGAGCUGCAGAUGCCUGUCACCAGAGGGGACUUGGAGCUGGCGCUGAAGAAAAUCGCCAAGUCUGUCUCUGCGGCAGACCUGGAGAAGUACGAAAAGUGGAUGGUUGAGUUCGGAUCUGCGUGACUGGUCACCGUCUUCCAUUUCCGGGAGUUUGUUUAUGAAAUGUGAAGAAAUACCUGAAAUUAAAAAAAAAAAGUCUGGAAUUUUUAA